GUUUAUACUGCAGCACGCAGUGUGUUAUGUGUGGAGGAGGGGAAUAAUACAGCGAUAGAAAUGGUGUCCAACUAUGCACGUGGCUACCAAGGCUACGAAUCAGAUUUUAGCGAUGAGGAAGAAGAAUCGGACAAAAAUGCCAAGAACAGACGCAGUAAAGAAGAUGAAGCUUUGGUUAAGAAGCCAUUCCAGAAAGAGAGACAUGGGAAGGUGGCACACAAGCGGGUUGCAGCCGAGGAAUGGGACAGAGAGGAGGCACGAAACCAGCGAUUUCAUCUAAUAUCCAUGGAUGCCUUUGCCAGACAUCAAAAGUUUGUGAACGAUUACAUAUUGUAUUAUGGAGGAAAACUGGAAGACUUCAAACUCCCAAAGGGAGAACGUAAGACGGACUUGGAUGUCAUUCAAGAAAACCACAGAUUCCUUUGGCAGGAGGAAGAUGAAGAGGAAAUGACUUGGGAGAAGAGACUUGCAAAGAAAUAUUACGAUAAAUUAUUUAAAGAAUAUUGCAUAGCCGAUCUCAGCAGAUACAAGGAGAACAAGUUUGGAUUCCGGUGGAGAGUGGAAAAAGAAGUUAUCUCUGGAAAAGGUCAGUUUUCCUGUGGGAACAAACGCUGUGAUGAGAAGGAAGGCCUGAAAAGCUGGGAGGUGAAUUUCGGUUAUCUAGAACACGGAGAGAAGAGGAACGCUCUUGUAAAACUGAGGUUGUGUCCGGAAUGCUCCUACAAACUGAAUUUCCAUCGCAAGAGGCUAGAGGUCCAGCCAAAGGAUAAGAAAAAGAAGGCUUCAGAAGACACUGGAGAACCUUCUAAAAAGAAGUCUAAACAGUCCCGCUCUCAAAAGAAAAGAAAAGACAAAUCUUCACAAAGACAUGAGGACUCCAGUGAUGAAGAUACGGACAAUGAUAAGGAGGAUGAUAAUGAUGAGGUAGCCAAUAGUGAGUUCUGGAAGGGUCCUCAAAAAGAGCCGGAUGAAAAAACACGGGAAGAAGAGUUUGAUGAAUAUUUUCAAGAUAUGUUUCUGUAA